AAGGAUUGCUGCUUGAUAGUAGUUGUUACUAGGGCGCAGAGGAAAGGCACAGGGCCAAUGAGGAUGGGAGGGACCGCGGGUAGCAAGGUCAGAUGGAGGUGAAUCUUUCCUAACCGAACAUCAGUUCUAGCCCUAGAUUUCCAGUCGGGACUUUGAAGAGGCAACAGAAGCGGAAGACUUGCGGUGAUUGUCAACACUCAAUUUUUUCACAUAUCCAAACUCAACGACAUUGUUCCAUUGAGAGUUUUCUCGAGAUCUGACCAAGAGCUCCAAGAUGGCCACGCCUAGACCCACUCCGGAAUCUCCCGCCAAGCGGGAAUAUACCAUCGAACCUGGUUCACAUAAGGGCAAAGGCAUUGCAGUCUUCACCAGUGGUGGAGAUGCGCAAGGCAUGAAUUCCGCCCUUCGAGCCGUGGUCCGCUUCGGGUUGUUCAUCGGGUGUAAGGUGUUCUUCAUUCGUGAGGGCUACCAAGGUAUGGUGGAUGGUGGCGAGAAUAUUCAAGAGGCGACUUGGGCUUCGGUUUCUGGGAUCAUCCACAAGGGUGGUACCAUGAUUGGCUCAGCUCGUUGCAUGGACUUCAAAGAGAAGUGGGGUCGACUGAAGGCGGCCAAAAAUCUCAUCGAUCACGGGGUUACCAAUUUGGUCGUGAUUGGUGGCGACGGUUCGCUCACGGGAGCCAAUCGAUUCCGCCAGGAAUGGCCCGAACUCUUGGAAGAGUUGGUAAAGACCGAGCAAAUCACCAAGGAAAUGAGUGACAAGAACGGUCACUUGAACAUCGUUGGAAUGGUGGGAUCGAUUGAUAACGACUUUUGUGGCACCGACAUGACUAUCGGAACGGAUUCCGCCUUGCAUCGGAUUGUCGAAGCCGUGGAUGCCAUCACUCCUACUGCUUCGUCGCAUCAGAGAACUUUUAUCAUGGAGGUCAUGGGCCGUCAUUGCGGCUAUUUGGCUUUGGUGGCGGGUAUCGUGACUGAAGCGGAUUAUUGCUUUAUCCCCGAGUGGCCACCCGAGACGAAUUGGCCAGAAAAACUGUGCAAAAAAUUGAAAUAUGGUCGUGAUCAAGGUCAGCGCCUCAACAUCAUCAUUGUGGCUGAAGGGGCUAUCGAUCGGGAGGGUAAUGCCAUCACGUGUGAUCAAAUCAAACAAGUCAUCGUCAAGAAUCUGGAACAGGACACCCGUGUGACCGUGCUCGGCCAUGUUCAGCGUGGAGGAGCUCCCUCAGCCUUCGACCGCGUUCUGGGUUGUCGCAUGGGAGCCGAAGCAGUCAUGGCUCUUAUGGAUGCCACCCCAGACACCGAACCUUGUGUGGUAUCCUUGGCUGGGAACACUGCUAUUCGUGUUCCCUUAAUGGAAUGCGUCUUGAAAACCCAAGAGGUGGCCAAAGCCAUGGCUGAUAAGAACUGGAAAUUGGCCGUGGAACUGCGAGGACGAAGCUUCCAGAGGAAUUUGGAUACGUACUGGAUGCUGUCCAAAAACAAAGCUUCCUCCAAGAUGUUAAGUUCCGGCCUACCCUCAGGCUUCAACCUGGCUGUCUUCCACAUUGGUGCUCCAGCAUGUGGCAUGAAUGCCUCUGUUCGAUCCUUCGUACGAAACUGCUUAGCCAAUGGAAACCGGGCCUUCGGAGUGCACAAUGGAAUUGAAGGUUUGGUGGACGGAGACUUUGAGGAGUUGAGUUGGGGACACGUCAAUGGUUGGGUGGUUCAGGGAGGAGCACUUUUGGGCACAAAACGCACCUUGCCCAAAGGAAAGUUCGACCGAAUUGCUGAUCAGCUCAAGAAGUUUAACAUCCACGGACUUCUUAUUAUUGGUGGCUUCGAGGCCUUCCAAGCUGUGCUGGAAAUGGCUGAGCAAAGAGACAAGUACACAGAGUUCUGUAUCCCCAUGGUGGUGCUUCCGGCCACCAUCUCGAAUAAUGUUCCUGGUACGGAUUUCUCUCUGGGUGCCGACACAGCCUUGAAUGAGAUUUCAGAAAUCUGCGAUCGGAUCCGGCAAUCGGCUCAAGGAACCAAGCGUAGGGUGUUCAUAAUCGAAACCAUGGGCGGAUAUUGUGGUUACUUGGCUACGAUGGCAGGUUUGGCGGGUGGAGCCGAUGCCGCUUAUAUCUAUGAAGAAAACUUUGGCAUCAAAGAUCUUCUUCAAGAUCUCGAAGUGAUGAAGGCAAAAAUGAAUGACGGUAGAAUUGAAAGGGGUCUCAUCUUGCGAAAUGAAAAAGCCAACAACAAUUACACAACUGACUUCAUCUUCAGCCUGUAUUCAGAGGAGGGUAAAGGCGUAUUUUCAGCUAGGAAGAAUGUUCUAGGACACAUGCAACAAGGAGGCUAUCCUAGUCCAUUUGAUCGCAAUAUGGGGACGAAGAUGGCCGCCAAGGCCCAUUUUUGGAUCAUGGAAACCAUCCGAAGUAAUCUGAAAUCUGAUGGGUCAGUUCUCGCCUCCAGUCGUCAUUCAGCUUGCUUGUUAGGCAUGAGGACCAGACAUUACGAGUUUCAGCCUGUCCAAGAUUUGCAAGAGGAAACCGAUUUCAAUACUCGUCUAUGGAAGCGUCAAUGGUGGAAAAACCAAAGAGCGAUCAUGAACAUCCUAGCCAAGCACGAUUCUUCAUACGUGGUUGAGAAUUAAGCUGUUACAUGUCGAAUGUACUCAGUAGGUGAAAUAUCAAUUGACCGCUUUGCGAUUUCGAAAGUUUCGUUGUCAGUUCUAAUCAAUAUAUAAAUAUAAAAGUCAGUCCCUCUGUUCCCCAGACCUUGACGUGUGCGGAUAUUUAAAUAUAUAUUAUGAAAAUUGCAA